AUGAAACACCCUUUUUAUUGGCUGGGCAUUUUCUUGGCGACGGCGAGUGACCCCUUGAAUAUCUCAUCCAUUUCACAAUUCGGUUCCUAUUUUGCCACUGUUGCUGGCCAGGAGCAUGAUCACGGAAGAAAUCUAGUUGUAGCCGGUGCUCCACUGCCAGUAUCACUGGAGAUAAAGCGGAAUGCCACUGGACACAUUGUGGAUCUGUCGGGCGUCUCGGCGUUGAUGCUCGAUUGGCUCACACGUCGCUACAAAUUAAAUUACACAAUCCUCCAGGUCAACGAUUCCGUACUGGAGCCGGGAGGUGCCAUCCAGAGUCAUCCAGGCCUCAUCAGUUACGUCGUCAAUGGGCAAUGCGAUGUAAUUAUGGCGGCCAUCCGGCUGUCUCCGGAUCGAUUCCGCCACCUGGAUUUCAUCCAUCCGUGGAUGUACGCUCGAUCCGCCUUUUUGAUCCCCAUGCCCGGAGAGUCGAAAAAUAAUAUCCUGGCCGUCGUCAAACCUUUUCAUUAUUGGGUUUGGAUCGCUUUAAUUGGGUCGCUCGUUUCCGUUAUCGCGACAUUGUUCUACUUCAGCCGAAUUCACUUGCCGCUAUCAGAUGAUGCUGUCACAGUAGAGACGGAAGGCGGAUCGCAACCGGUUGCCGGAUUGGUUUCCAUGAAACAAGUUGUCGCCUACGUUCUGGGAACCCUGUUGAGCCAAGGCGGUAGUUUCACUAGCGGAUCCAAUCCUUUCAAGAUCCGGUUGGUGACGGGGGCCUGGUGUCUCGUGACUCUGGUCCUCGUCAACGUCUACAACGGCAUUUUGAUUUCGUACGUGACGUCCAAUCCGCGCGAGAGGCCGCUGGUCGACAGUCCCGACGAUCUCCUGGCCAACCGCAACAUUCACCUGGUGGUGGAAAAGGGCCAGGGUGCCGAUUUCAUUUUCUCGACAGCCGAGAGUGGCAUGUUCAAAGCGCUGGGCGAUAAACUGAGAGCCUAUCCGAAAUCGCGAUGCUUGGCCACCGAGCAGUGCAUCGACCUGGUGAAAUCCCAACCCUAUCAGCACGUCUAUUUCAACACAAGAGUCGUCCUGUUGGCCGUUUUGCGCCAGGAUUUCCGCAAGACGGGCCAGUGCAAUUUGGUGCAGGCCGCCGAGCGCUACUCGGACAACACGGCCUUCUGUUGGGGGCUCACCAAAAACAGUCCCUACACGGAAAAGUUCAACAGGGGGGUCAUGUCGAUGCGGGAAGUUGGACUGGUGGGCCUGUGGGAGAGGUGGCACGAGCCGGACGUCAGGCCGUGUGACCUGCAAAAUCACCACAGCAGCCAGACAAAUAAGAAGAAGAAGAAAAAGAAGCAAAAGAAGCCGCUAGUUCGUUUGACUUUGACCAAUUUGAACGGGGCGUUUGUCUUGCUGGGACUCGGUUACGUCAUCUCCUUCCUCGUAUUCCUCAAAGAAAGAAUUCGAUUCCGCAUCAUUAGAAUAAUAUAAACAGCUAUAGCGCCUUUUGUGUUUGACCGCAGCCCCUCUUGGAUGUUGGAUCCCGUUCUGCGCAUCAUUAAUAAUCUAAUUGAAAAAUGUUUGUCUUGUCAUUUCUAUACACUUUCGACGCGACCCACAGUUUUAUUCGCCCAGUGCGAUUGGAAUUUUUCAUCUUCGAUUUUCGCUAUUAUAUGGUGCCGCUCGCAUAUCAGAAUUUAAUCUUCAAAUUUCUCCGCGAUUUUGUGUCAUUCCAGAAAUGAUGAAACUAGAAAACCAAGGCGAUAGUUGUCGACCGCGUUCAACGUCAAGUUUAUUUUUUCAAAUUUCAGUUGGAGAAAAAUGUCUGAGCAUUUUUAUAUAAUUAUUUGCAUAUAUUACAAAGUUGAUGUAAAAUGCUGAACUUGUUGAAAAACAGGAUUUUUCUUUAUCCUGUAGCUACAUCUUUUCUUUUCAAAUAAUUUCGAUCGAGUUUGCUGACUUCUGUAGUAUUGUAGAAUAGCAGUCGAUGCCCCAAUGAAAUUAAAAACCAGUUUAUUUUU